AUGUUUAAAAAAUUGUUUGCUAUUGGUUUGGGAGGUUGUCUAGUAAAUUACAAUGUAAAGUGCUGUGGAAUAGUUGGUGUGUUAACAACUGAAGAUAAUGCAGAGUAAAUAAUUUUUGAAGGAGUGUAAUUAUUAUAAAAUAGAGGUUAUGAUUCUGCAGGAAUAGGUACAAUAAAUAAAUCUAAGAAUGUAAAAAUAUUUGAUAAUAUAAAGUUAAUAAUAUCUAAGCAUGCUAGUGAUUAAAUAAACAAAGUAGAUUGUUUUAUAAAAUUGAAAUAAGAAUUAUAGAAACAUCUAUAAAGUUAAGUAGGAAUAGGACAUACAAGAUGGGCAACAUGUGGAAGUAAAACUGAUAAUAAUGCUCAUCCUCAUUAUGAUACUUCUAAAAGAAUAGCAUUAGUACAUAAUGGAACAUUAGAAAAUUAUGUAGAAUUAAAAGAUGAACUAAUAAAAUAAGGAAUUUAAUUUACAUCAGAAACAGACUCAGAGGUAAUUGCUCAACUCAUUGGCUUAGAAAUUUUAAAGUUAAAUUUUCUAGAAGCUGUUGAAACAGUUUUAACCAGAUUAAGAGGAUAAUGGGGUUUAGCAGUUAUUGAUAGAGAAAACCCUGCAUAAAUGAUUGUAUGUAGAUAAGGAAGUCCUAUUUUAGUAGGAUAUGCAGCUAAUAGUAUAUUUGUAGCAAGUGAAAAGAUAGCUUUUGAAAAAUAUACAUAAAAUUACAUAGCAUUAUAAGAUGGUGAAGUAAUGCUAUUGUAAUUAGAGAAUAGAAACUAAUUAUACAAUUAGAUAAAACAUAGAUUAAUUUUUAAUGAAAAUUAAGAAAUAGAAUAAAUCCACUUAAAACCUAAGCAGCCUUAUCAGACAUUUUUUGAAAUGGAAAUAAAUGAGCAACCUAAUAGUCUUUUAAGAUGUUUAGGAAAUGGGGCAAGAUUAGCAGGUUUUUCAGAUUGUGCAAAGCUUGGAGGUUUGGAUAUGAAAGAAAAAGAGCUUUGUGAGAUAAAACAUCUAAUAUUAAUAGGAUGUGGAAGUAGUUUUAAUGCAGCGUAAAGUAUUUUACCAAUUUUUCGAAACUUCCGAACAUUCGAGAGUGUUUAGACAAUAGAAGCAAGUGAAUUUUAAAGUUAUGAUUUACCUUAGAGUUAGGUAGGAAUAAUAUUCAUAACAUAAUCCGGUGAAACUAAAGAUAUAGUUAGAGUUUUAAAUAUUGGUAAAUAAUAAGGAGUAAUAACUAUAGGAGUGUAUAUAUUAUAUAUUAUAUUAUUUUAGUGUUAAUGUCGUUGGAUCAUUAAUAGCAACGAAUGUGGAUUGUGGUGUUUAUUUGAAUUCUGGAAGAGAAGUGGCUGUAGCAGCAUCAAAGUCAUUCAGUUCAUAAGCAACAGCUCUAAUAUUAAUUAGUCUAUGGUUUAGUUAUUAUAAAGAAAAGAAUAAUUAUUUAGCUUAAAACAUUAUGAUGAAGUCUUUAAGAGAGAAGUAUGUAAAUUAAUUAAGGAUGCUUCCAAUGGUAUUUGGUUAAGGUAUAGUGGAAUGUUAAGCAGGUGUUAAAUUAGUAGCUAAAAUAUUAUAAAAUAAAUAAAGUUUAUUUAUAUUAGGAAAAGGAUCAAAUUAUGCUAUAGCAAAGGAGGGAGCUCUAAAAAUUAAAGAAUUAACUUAUAUCCAUGCAGAAGCUUUUGCCUCUGGAGAAAUGAAACAUGGUCCUUUAGCUUUGAUUGAUUCUUCAAAGGAUAAAGAAACUGCAAUAAUAUUAAUUAUUUUAGAAGACGAAUUCAUAUAAGAUAUGAAAUUAUCAUUAAGUGAAGUUAAUUCUAGAAAUGCUAGAACCAUUGUUAUCACUGAUUCUGCCCAAAGUUUAUCUAAUACUAUGAAUAAAAUUGACCAUUUGAUUUUAAUCCCAAAAAUUGGCGAAUAAUUAAACUGGUUACUCAGUGUAAUUGUCUUCCAAUUAUUGGCAUUAGAAAUCUGUUAUCUUUAAGGAAUAGAUCCUGAUAAACCUAGAAAUCUUGCUAAAACUGUUACUGUAGGUUGAUCUGACUAACUAUAAUAUCAAUUAAAAAUCA